GGCGGUAAAGCAACAAUGUGGAUACCAACAUUCAUAGAAGAAGAAGACGGUCCACGAUCUGUUGUUGAAUGUGCUAGUGUUUUUCCUGUAAAAAAAUAAAAUGCAUUCAGUGUAUUUAAUGUUUCCCGCUGAAGAAACUUUCACAGAAUUUAAAGAAAUUAUCGUCAAGUCGGAGGAAGAGAUGGAUGAUCAGCGCAGACUGCUGGAUUUCUCCCGGACUCCCCGGAUUAUUUUACACCGGAUAGACCACCUACAGCGUAACAUUUAUACGAGGGAGCAAAGUAACCAGGACAGGAUCUCCUCUCUGAAACAGAAAGAGCCAGAACAUCAGCAGAUAAAAGAAGAACAAGGUGAUCUAGAACAUCAGCAGAUAAAAGAAGAACAAGGUGAUCUAGAACAUCAGCAGAUAAAAGAAGAACAAGAUGAUCUAGAACAUCAGCAGAUAAAAGAAGAACAAGAUGAUCUAGAACAUCAGCAGAUAAAAGUGGAAAAGAAAGUUUACAAUCAGGGUGAAGAACAGCUCACACUACAAAACCAGGAGACUGAUACCUGCAUGGUGGUUCCUGUUUAUGAGCAAACAUCCCACACUGAAUCAGAACCAAACGGGAUCCAAGUCAUCAUCCAAGAAGCUGCUGAAGCUGAGAACCAAAAUCAGGAAAAGAGCAAUCCUAAUGACUUUGGAGCAAAGAGAGACGAAGAGAAGAAACAAAAGAGGCAUCAGAAAAUCGAACAGCAUGUUGACGGUUCAAAACAAAAAGGUCAGGAAAACCUUCCUGAAAGUAGUGACUUGACUAAAAAUACAUCAAGUACCACAUGCCAAAGGCCUUUCUCGUGUUGGAAGUGUUUCAUUCGAAAAGAUAAUUUUAAUUGUAACAUGACAGAUCACAAAGGUCAGAAACCUUUUUUAUGCGUUACUUGUGGAAAAGGUUUCAGUUAUACAAGUGAACUUAAUGUUCACAUGAGAGUUCAUACAGGUGAAAAGCCAUUUUCAUGUGAGAACUGCGGAAGAAGUUUCAGUAGACAGAAUAAUCUAACUGUUCACAUGAGAGUUCAUACAGGAGAGAAGCCAUUUUCAUGUGUGACCUGUGGAAAAGGUUUUAGUCUAAAGCAGCAUUUAGCUAUGCACAUGAUGGGUCACACAGGCGAAAAGCCCUUUUUGUGUGUGACUUGUGGCAAACAUUUCACUACAAAAAAUUCUUUGACUAUUCACGUGAGAAGGCACACGGGUGAGAAGCCUUUUCAGUGUAAGACCUGUGGAGAAUGUUUUAUUGAUCAGUAUUCUUUGACUAUUCACACAAGGAGUCACACAAUGUUGAAGCCAUUCUCAUGUGUGAGCUGUGAAAAAAGUUUUUCUCAAAGAAAGCACUUAACCAAGCACAUGAUCACUCACACAGGCGAAAAGCCUUUUACAUGUGCGAGCUGUGGAAAAUGUUUCAGUCAAAAAGCUUUUAACCAAGCCCAGUCACAUCGGGACAAUCGGCUGUGGAUGCCGAUUGUCCCGACCAAUCGGCAUCCACAGAGAUAUGACGUCAUCAAAAUGUUCCAGAAACAGACGGGUUUCAACAACAAUGACCACCUUCUUUGGUCAGAGCUGCGGGUCCGAUCUGAGCUGGCCUCCGUCUGCGGAGCUUCAGGCCGCAGUGGAUCUGGUUCCAGGUGA